GACCUGGUUACAGUUGAAACAGUAGGAUGGUAAUGUCGGAGAUGUUAAGAAUGUGGGUGGUGGUGGGGGUGACAUACACAUGCACUUGCAAAAGUUGACCCUUUUGGGCUGUGAUGAGAUGAGAAGAACAUGUUCUAUUCCUCUUCUAUUUCAUUACAUGUAAAACAUGGAAUCAUUCACCAUAGAUUUUGUGAGUCUUUGAAAACUCUGAAACACUCUGCUAGUGCUACCUACCCCCUUUCAUUGACCUUGAUGUUAUUGGAAAAAGAAUACACCACUCACUUCCUUUUCUGAUUGACACAAUUGGCACCCGGAUCAGUGAUUGAACCAGCUCAAAGAAGCAGUCAAGAAGUUUCCUUUGUUUGGGACUUUACUAUUUCAGAUUUUGUAUGUUAUUUUGUUUGGGCAUAGAGUGAUUCGGCGAGUAUGGCGGAGAGCCAAGAUCAACUAGAGAUCAAGUUUCGAUUGAGUGACGGGUCAGAUAUUGGCCCCAAAAGUUUUGCUGCUGCUACUAGAAUUACAGCACUGAAAGAAAGUAUUCUUGCGCAAUGGCCAAAAGACAAGGAGUAUGGCCCAAAAACUGUAAAAGAUGUGAAGUUAAUUAAUGCGGGAAAAAUAUUGGAGAACAACAGAACAGUGGGGGAAUGCCAGAGUCCAUUGUGUAAUCCCCCUGGUGGAGUAACAACUAUGCUUGUGGUUGUGCAACCACCAACUGUGGAGAAAGAGAAGAAUGUAGCAAGUGAAGCAAAGCAGAGCAAAUGUGUCUGUGUCAUAUUAUAGGAUCUGGAUUGAAUUGAACUGAUAAUAUCAUCUAUUGAGGUGAAGAGUUCUUGAGUUGGUGAAGAUUGUGAAGCCAAUUGUUUCUUGAUUGAAAUGAACUCUCUUAGUCUAGUUUGCCAUGAUGUCUGUGAUUCAAAAUGCUUCCAGAGUUGAACUGAACCAGCAUGCUUUAGUUUGCUUAAUGUUUGUUUAUGUGGUGUUCUUAUACACCAAUUGAGGCAAAAGUGGCUUAGCUACCAUGUACCUACACAUCUCUCAACUCUCAUGAAAUGGUGGUAAUGGCAGUGAGACUGCAGUUUGAACGCCCCCACCUCACCCUCCCUUUGAGACUGUAGUUUGAUCAUUUUAAUAUUGUGAAAUACCUUUGUUAUGACAUACUUUGUAGCUCAAGAUCGUGAUUUUGAAGACCAAGUGGAAUUCAAUAUUGUAAUUUGAAAACUAAAUGUAGUCCAAGGUUGAGGUUUUAAUGACUAGUUGAAUUUGUGAGCUA